UCAGUCCCUUGCACCCUUUACUGUGCUCCUUCACCGUUUCCUGCUUCCUUCUACAUUAUCACAUUAACACACACUCCUCCACACACACCGUUUCAGAGGCACUUUUCAUCAUGGGGAACUUUGCUGCCAAUGAGGGACUCUCCACCUUUGUCAUUCUGGUAUGGCUGGGGAUCAAUGCCUACCUGUUCGUCCGUUUCUACAUGGCCUUCCUGGUGGAGCGCUGGUUUUACACCAGGGUGCUGCUCGGGCAUGCCCUGCCCUGGGCCAGAGCUCCUGCCGCCUGCCUCAACUUUAACUGCAUGCUCGUCCUGCUGCCAGUCUGCAGAAACCUCCUGUCCUUCCUGCGCGGCUCCAUCCAGUACUGCAGCCGCACGGCCGCUCGUCAGCUGGACCGAAACCUCACUUUCCACAAACUGGUGGCUUAUAUGAUCGCCUUCCAUACAGCCGUGCACAUCGUUGCACACUUGUUUAACUUUGAGUAUUUCAUGGACGCCCAGCUGAACCGAAACAGCAGCUUCCUGCCCUUCAUCCUCUCUGAAAUCGGAACCGGAGACAACGCAUCCUUCCUGAACCCCAUCAGGACCAACGAGACGAAUCCUACCAUCGUCAUGUUCACCACCAUCGCCGGGCUGACGGGCGUGGCCAUCACACUGGCCCUCAUCCUCAUCGUCACGUCGUCUAUGGAGGUGAUCCGCAGGUCGUACUUCGAGGUCUUCUGGUACACCCACCAUCUCUUCGUCAUCUUCUUCAUCGGCCUGGUGUUCCACGGCUACGGGCGUAUCGUGCGAGGACAGACGCCUGCUAGCCUGCAGACAAACAAACCAGACCUCUGCGCUGACCAGUUUGAAGACUGGGGAAAAAAUGGGUCGGACUGUGCUGUGCCAGAGUUCGCUGGAAACCCACCGAUGACAUGGAAGUGGGUGGUGGGCCCCAUGAUUCUCUACGUGUGUGAGAGGCUCGUCCGCAUCUAUCGAUCCCACCAGAAAGUGGUCAUCACCAAGGUGGUGAUGCACCCGUCCAAGACUCUGGAGCUGCAGAUGAAGAGGAAAGGCUUCAGUAUGGAGGUGGGUCAGUACGUCUUCAUCCAGUGUCCAUCCAUCUCCAGGCUGGAGUGGCAUCCCUUCACCCUGACCUCCGCCCCAGAGGAGGACUACUUCAGCGCCCACAUCCGUAUCGUCGGGGACUGGACUCAGGCUCUGUACGAGGCCUGCGGAGGAGACAAGACUGAGACUCAGGAGGCCUGGAAUCUGCCCAAGGUCGCCAUCGACGGCCCGUUUGGUACGGCCAGUGAGGACGUGUUUCGGUACGAGGUGGUCAUGCUGGUGGGCGCAGGAAUCGGAGUGACUCCUUUCGCCUCCAUCCUCAAGUCUGUGUGGUACAAACGGAUCCAGAACAACCAGGAGGUCUUCACCAAGAAGAUCUACUUCUACUGGCUGUGUCCGGAGACGCAGGCCUUCGAGUGGUUCGCAGACCUGCUGCAGUCUCUGGAGGGUCAGAUGACGGAGAAGGGGAUGACCGACUUCCUGAGCUACAACAUCUACCUCACCCGCUGGAAGGAGACCGAGGCGGCUCAUUUCCGUGUUCACCACGAGGCCGAGAACGACCCAAUCACAGGGCUCAAACAGAAGACUCUGUACGGGAAACCCAACUGGGACAAUGAGUUCACCAAUAUUGCGUCAAAGCACCCAGGGACUAAAGUGGGCGUCUUCCUGUGUGGUCCACCUCAGCUGGGGAAGUCUCUGGAGAAGCAGUGUCUGUCCCACUCAGAAACCGACGUCAAGUUCAUCUUCAACAAAGAAAACUUCUAAAAUGAAUAAGAGAAUAAAUCUACAGGAGCUGGAAGACCACCACCACCACCACCACCACGUGACGGAGGUCAAAGGUCGAUUAUGUUUUUACACCGGGUCCUUCACACGUCUCACACCACAAACACAACCUUUUCUGAAUGUACUGAGUUUAGUCCACAGACAUCAGACUGUGCUGGACUCCACUGCUCCUCUGCUCGCUGCUUCUCACCGCAAACCUGUUGCAAAGACGCUGUUCUUGCUCAAACAACGAGGAAAUAGCUCUGCGGUAUUUUCCUCAUUGCUUUGUUCUCCUUUUGUGUUACAUCAAUAAGUGAAAUGCUGCUGCUUUCAAAAGUGCUCGCAGCUCUCUGAGCGCGGCCACGGUUUCUGAAAAGCAGGUCUGACACCAGACGGUGAAAGUUUCACACCUGGUGAGGAAACAGGUGGAAAAGAAACGAAAGGCCGAGCCGUGAUCGAGCUCAGUGUCUGUCUCUGCGCUAAAAACAACAAUAAAAACAAAAAACAAACAAAGAGAAGAAACCUGCAUCAAACCGAGAGAACGUGGAGGAACAUCUAACCAGCUCCUCGCUGCUCGAGCAGAGACUGAAACCAUCAGUCCUGCUUUGAUGCUUUGGUUGGAAAAAUGAGCAGCAGCCAUUUUGUUCUAUCAUGUGAUCAUUUCCUGACAUGUCUAAAUAAAAAAGUGACUACACGUCUCUUUUAUGUAAAUUUAAAAUGGCAGCACAGCUGGGAGGAAAGCAGGCGAGUGAUCUGACCUGAUUCAUCGUAUAUGUGAUUACAUGAAACCUUCAUCAUCCCGAUGAAUCUCCUCAGCAGGUUUUAUACUAAUGACAGUUAGCAGCGAGCUAAAUCUGUUCACAAACAAUUAGCUGAUGGACAGAAGAUCAAUCAGUUAUUGAUCAUCAAAGAGUCUGAAACACACAUCAGCCGGAGGCUCUGCUCUCAGUCACUGUUAUUAUCCACAAACAAGUUUGCUCAGUUGUCAUGGAGAUGUUUGGGUUGUCAUGUGACCUGUGUAUGGAAUGUCAGUCACAUGAUAACUGAACCAUCUCCAUGACAACUCAGCAAAUUCCAUCCACUGAGGGACAGAAAGCACCAGAACAUUUUCAGUAAAUGGAAUUUUUUAUUUUCCUGAUCAGUAAUUAAUGUUCCUGCUGUUUGUCAAGUUUGUCCUGCAGCUCUGCUCAGACGCGUCCGCUGCGUCUCUGGUUUCUUAAAAAUAAACCUGAACAGAUCGUUCUCA